UGUUUUUGUUAUUUUUCUUUGACAGACGCGUUUUAUUGCUAUUGUACUGUUAAUUUUGUUAUUUUGUAACGUAUUUUGUGUGCUUCUUUGCAACUAUUAAUUGUUAACACAAUAGUAAAACGACAAUCAAAGGACGCGAGCAUUGCGCAGACAAACACCAGCAACGGCUUCAAGAUGGAGUCCACUGCUGCCGGUAAUCUGCUGGAAAUUAUGGACCUGGCCCGCACCCUGCGCCAGGAGCAGCUCUUUAUCCAGCAUGAGCAGGCGGCCUUCGCACAGCUCACCGGGGCUCUGGAGACCAAUGCGGCAACAAUAACACAGCUGGCGUACAUCUGCGCACAACAAAGACAGAACCUGCAUGAUCUACUGCUGGCCAGAACAGAUCACGAUCCUUUUGGCUGUUGCCGCCGAGCGAGCGCCUACGACAGUGCGCCCUUCCUAGAUGCCAAACAGGUGUUGCCCUACGAGCACGCCCUGGCCUAUGAGGAUCUGUUCAACUAUCUGUAUAAUACACCAUAUUUGCUGGCCUUGUCGCUGGCAACAGCGGAUCGACUAUCACUAUUGGCCCCAACACAGUUGGAACAGAUUGUGAACACAAUUACGACGGGUCUAUAUGGCAAUGCGAUCAACACAAAAGAUGUGGAGCUGCUUUUAAAGUUGCUGCGUGAACUGAUUGAGAUGCAGCUGCUGAACAGCGAGCAGCCGCGUCGAUUGCUCCGUACCAAUGGCAGCGCCUUUGCUCGACUUUAUCAACGGCUGGUGGAGUCUCUCUUCUCCGCUCGCAUCUUUCUAACGGCGGCGUUGCAUGCACCACUGAUGGCGGUGCUGAGCGAGCACGAGGCGCUGCUGGAUGUGGAUCCGCAUAAGCUGCUGCAGAGCUUUACGGCAGGGGAGCGGCAGCGUCGCUUUGGCGAGGAUGAGACCAGUGCCACCUAUCAGCGCAACGUGGUGCGUUUCCAUGCCGAAUCCCUGGGCAAAUUGCAUGCACACGCUCAGUCAUUUGUCCGCAGUCUGCAACAGAGCUGGUCGCUCUUUCCCAGCUCGCUACGUUGGCUCCUUCAAACGUUGGGUCAACAGCUGCGACAGACGCAACGGCACAGUGAUCACGAGAUCCGUCAACUGCUGUCGGAUUUGGUAUUCACGCACUUCAUUUGCCCGGCUAUUGUUAGCGCCGAUCUGCUGGGCAUUAUCGAUGUUAAUGUCAGCGAACAGAUGCGUCACAAUCUCAAUCAGAUAGUACAGCUGCUGCAGCGCCUGGCAUUGAGCGAUGAGGCAAGCGAGUUGGCCCAGCUCAUGGAGAUGCUGCUGGUUGGCCAGACGGGUGAGGAUGUUGUCGCCAUUCUGCCGCAACAGAGCGACUUUGAGCGUGCUCAAUUAGCCAUUAAUCAACGUGAACUAAAUCACUUUGCCGACUUCUUUCGUCGGCUCGCCUCACGUCCGGAUUAUGAUGUGUCCGCCGAGCAGCGACAGCGACUGCAGCGCAUUCUGUCUCGCAUACCCAAGCCGGAAACGGCUGCAGGUGCGAUUGCGUCGACAGUGGUCGAAUCGGCGGUUAGCGCCGAAAAGGGCUCCUCUAAUCCAACGAACGGUAAACGUACCAACAAAGGACUUAUGCGUCUUGGUAAGGCAACCAAAAAAAAGCUGGCCAAGGGCAUAAACUUUAGCAGUGGCAGUGGCAGUGGCAGCAACACCAGUAGCAUCGUGCCAGAACAACUGGCCAAUGGAAGCACCGGAAGCACUGGGAAUGCAGCCAAUGGAUCGUCCGUCAUGGCCAAUGGGGACCUGGAACAGUGCUCCUCCUCGCACAGCGGCAGCAACACCAGUCUCAGCUCCUGUGGCGGCAAUAUCAGUGGAGCAGCAGCAGCUGCAGCCGCUGCCGUAACAGAUGGAGUGACGGAUGCAACGGAUGGAACGGAGCCGGUGUUAAUGUUUAGCAUUUAUAAUGCCGCCGCCAAGUGUAAACUGAAGCCGCUAACCGAGGAGGAUUUGCUAAAGAUGAACUGCAUUGGGCAGGAAAUAACUCCAGUGGCCGUGGUGACGGCAGCUGCAUCUUCCAAUGCGGACGACGCAAGCAGUUUGGAGGCGAUGCGUCGGCCACAGGAUGACGCAUCGAUUGGCAACUCGGACAACCUGGAGGCGAUAAGUGAGGCGGCACAUUCGGCAAAUCAUUCGGUGGCCAGUUCACUGGACCUGGAGGAGCAACAGGAGCAGGAUGUGCACGAUGCGGAAAACGAUGACAAUUUAUCGGACAUGGUUUCCGCCAAUGUGUCCGGCCGCGGCACGCCCAAUAUUAGUGGCCGAGACACACCGUCGUCCCAGGUAACCGACGGAGAUGGCGCUGCCGGUGAGCUACCACAUCAUGUGGCGCGUCCAACGCCACAAAUGCAGAAUAUGUUGCUCUCCAAGGUGCGCUCCGAUAUCGAGGAUAAGUUCUGCAAGUUCGAACUGAAGAAGUUUGAGGGUGACGAGAAUGUGAGCAUUAUUUCGGAUACCUGGUCGACAGAUGUCCUGGCCAGUGAUUCAGAGAAUACGCUCGACGCCAGCCAUGAGCAACAGCGUGAGCGUGAAAGAGAUAGGGAUAGGGAGCGCAACUUCUCCACCCCACUGAUACCCUCCGCCGUGGUGCUGCCCGGCGACAACAACAACUUUGUGGUCGAGGCACUGGCACGAGCCGCUGCUCCCACACUGGACGCCUCCGAUCAGCGGUCGGAGUCCAAUUGGAGCACUGAUGUGCUGGCUAGCGAUUCCGAGAAGCUGGCUGAGAUCGAUACCGAUGACAAUGUGAGCAUUACCGCCAAAUCGGACAUUGUGGCGCCUCUGCCACUCGCCGUCGUUCUCGACGAUGGCGAACAGACGCCCGGCAGCAGCGGCGAUGGCGAUGGCGAUGGAGACGCGGAUGGAGAUGCUGAUGGCAAUGGAAAUGCUAGCGCCAGUGAGCGGAGUCAAGAGGAUUCCGCCUUUUUCGAUGCGGUCAACUCCUAUGAUGAUGCACAUCAUUAUCAGGCAUCCUCGUCGCUGGCGCGUAGUUCCGUGCGGACCAGCUAUCACGGUUUGGGUGGCGACAGUGGCGAUAGCAGUUUCCAGCAGCAGUACAAAUGCAGCGCAGCGGAGGGCAGGAAGAGCACACCCCUCAUGGGAACCGCCUGCAUGCGACGACAGACGUCCGCCGAGAGCAGCAUUUCCAAUCAGAGUCUCAAUUUGGAGGAGCCGCAGUCGUCGACCAAGCAACAGUCGCUGCAGCAGCAGCAUCAUCACCAUCAUCAUCAUCAUACGCAUCACAAGAAGAAGAAGCAGCAUGCCAUGACUGUCAGCAAUCAGCGUGAUCUGAUUGACUUUAGUGACUACAGCGAGGACAAGGAUGAGCCGCCGGGUCUGGUGCAGCAGCUGCUGGACAAAUUUGGCGAUGAGCAGCAUUCGCGAGGAGUCGAACAUCGUCGCAUCUCCAUGGAGCAGCGUACGGCGAGUGUGGAUGGACGACGAAAUGGGAUUCUUGCCGGUGCUGCAGGUGGUGCUGGUGUCGGUAGCGGUGGCGGUGGCAGUGAGCGGCGUCACCAGAGCCUCAACUAUGAGAACCACGAGAUCAUGCUGCAGGCCAUUGUGCCAGCUCAGCCCAAAACGGAUGAUGAUAAGCAGCAGGAGCAGGAGGAGAUGCAGCUGCUUUGUGCACAGACACAGCAGUUGCAUCUUCAUCCGUCCCCAUCCAAGCCCAGCAAGGCAACCGGCGCAAUACCAAAGAGCAUCAGCUUUGAUGCCAGCGCAGACAAGGAGAAACAUCGCGGACAACGCGAGCAGCGGGAACAAAGCGCCGGCAUUUUAAACAAACUGAAGCAGGGCAUCUUCAAGAAUCGGCGCAGCAACAACAGCAAAUCCUCCACAACGGCUAAUCAACGAUUAAGCAUAAACAACAACAACAGCAACGUGAACGAACAAAAUCGCAGCGUCAGUUUCGAUCCCAGCGCCGCCUGCGUCAACUUUAACACCCACUACUGUGAUAGCAGCGAGGACAUUUUGGCCAAAUACAGACGCAAGGUUAGCAGCUCCAGCGACGCCACCAACUCCGACUCCACGGGCAAUGGUCAUGGACAUGGACAUGGACAUAGCCACAAUCUACCAGCUUCUUCAGCUCAUGGCCAAACCACUAAUGGCGGACAAUUGCCUGGCGUGGUGUUCAGUAGCGUUAAGCAAAAGCUGCGCACGGUCCUUUCGAAAACAGAUCUGCAUAGCGGCGACUUUCGACAGACGACGCUGAGACCGUUGGACGCGACGCCAUUGCAGACGUACCUGCAGAUUCAGUUGGCGCAGUGCAUCAGCUUGCAUCGGCUGCCGCAGAUAUCGCACGUGGCGGAGGCACUGCGUUGCCUGGCCCAACUGGAGAGGCCACAGCAUGCCCAGCUGCUGUUGGAGCUGCAGCACGAUCUGGAGCGGAGGAAGAGCUACUUACAGUACUUGCUGGUGCAUCGCCAGCAGUUGCUGUUACGCUCGGAGCAGCUGGAUCAGCUGGAGAAGCGACUACGAAGCGAGGCGUUGAGCUGCCAGCGUUGCAUGUUGCAGUCGCUGGUUCGGUUAUAUUUGGGACGGCAGCAGAGCAAGCUGCAGGACUUUCAGUCCGAGUUUGCCGGCCUCAGCGUCAGUGAUGAGCGGCUCGAGCUGAUUGAGGAGUUUGUUGAGGGUUUGCUGGAGGAGAUGCGCGACGGCGGCUUGCAGGACGACUUUCAGCGUGAAGCGGCCCGCGAUGCCAUUGAGCGAUUGCUGUUCGAGCAAAUGUACGACCAGGUCAUGUUUCCCAACGAAGAUGCUGAUGUGUCCAGGGAUGAAGUGCUGGCAGCACACAUUGGCAAGCUGCAGCGGAUUAUACAUCCGGCUCAUCCUGCACUUUGCAUCGCCCAGGAGUACCUGGGCGAGGCGCCCUGGACGUUUGCCCAACAGCAGCUCUGUCACAUGACAGCCUAUAAAACGCCUCGUGAGAAGUUGCACUGCAUCAUAAACUGCAUCUCUAGCAUCAUGAGCCUCUUGCGGAUGUCCAGCGGUCGUGUACCUGCCGCCGAUGAUGUCCUGCCCGUGCUCAUCUAUGUGGUCAUUAUGGCAAAUCCUCCUUAUCUGCUCUCUACAGUGGAGUACAUCAGCUGCUUUUUGGGCAAAAAGCUGGACGGUGAGGAUGAGUUCUACUGGACGCUCUUCGGUUCGGUUGUCAAGUUCAUCAAGACCAUGGACUACCUGGACUAAUGCUACCAAGGGCAUUAGUUAUAGUUGUUAUAUACUAAACUUUCGUUAGUCUUAAGUAUUGCAUCGAGUUUUGUUUUAUCAAUGUUUAAUUUGUGUGUUUUUUUUUUGUAUUUUUGUAUUUGUAACUUGAUGUCCAGUCAGUUGUUUUCCAGCCAAGUUUCGCUGUGCGUUCGAUAUUAAGGUAUGUUUGAUAUUUCUAUCUUUAUUUGUAAGCAUAGUUCUACUUCUAUAUAUACACUACAAAUAUACAUAUAUUUAUUAUAUGCUCAGUUUAUGUACGAAAUUUACACAUGUAUUAAAUUGUUAUAAAUAUAUUAAUCAAUGGCGGCUAUAAAACAAAAAUAUAUUUUUAAAUGGCAGCUUCUUAACUGUCUGAACUAUUUUUCGAUGCUUGCAUUACAUUUGUAUACUCGUACAUACUUAGUAAGUACGUACAAUGUACGUCGUACAUACUUAUAUAUCUUUAUAUAUAUAAAUAUAUAUACAUACAUACUUACAUACAUAUAUUUAAGCAUGCAUGAAACAUGAAAAUCAACUUAAUAUUCCUUAUUGUGUAACACAAAAUAAAACAAAUUUAAAAGAA